UGCACUGAUGGGCUUCCUGCCAGCGUGCCUCAUGGUCGCCGUGGCCGCGAGAGCCCUCUACCUGCCAGGCGCGAGGAGCUCGGUGUGGGAGCAGUUCACGCCGCGGUGGAGCUGCCUCUGGAACACCAGGGCGUGGUCGGAUGCGGCCUUCUCUGUGCUGCAGGGCCUGGCCAUCGGCCUGGGCCAGUUGCAUUCGCUGGCUUCAUACUGCACUUUCGACACGACAACGCUAUACUGGUGCUACUUCCUAUUACCGCUUGGCAUGACCAUAUCGAACAUCUUGUGCUCGGUCAUCGUCUUCGGCAUGGGAGGAAGUCUGGCCAAGCAGCUGGGCAUGUGCUUCACGGACUUUGAAUCCUACACGUUCGUGUUUCCGUUCGUGAUCUUCGCCGAGGUGGUGAAAAACUUGCACUGGCCCAAGUUCUGGUCAGGCAUCUUCUAUGGCGCCGUCUUCCUGCUCUCCGUAGACGAGAUGAUCUUCAACGUGUGCACAGUUGUAGCCUGCGCCGAGGACCUGUUCCCGUCCCUCCGCUGGAACAUGAACCAGACGGUGUUCUUCGUGUGCAUCGGAAUGUUCAUCUCGGGCUUCCCGACGGUCACGCAGGCCGGCGCCUACAUUAUACGCCUGCUGCAAGAACACACCGUCAAGCGCAUCAUGUCGCACUUCAUACCCAUCGUGGAGAUAUGCACCGUUUUCUGGAUAUACGGCCUGAAGAGAUUUUCUUUUGACAUGGAGUUCAUGUGGGGCAGGCCACCAAACAAAUAUUUCAGGGUUUGUUGGCUUAUCUUCUGCCCAAUUAUAAUGACGGCAACGUACAUUGACCGCAUGCUGACCUACAGUCCACCCGUGUACGACGGUAUCCAGUACCCUGGCGAGUACGAGGCGCUGGCCUGGAUUAUCGGGUGCACCGGCUUGCUGCAGGUGCCCAUCGGUGCCUUUGCAUGCGUCCUCGAGAACGUCAGGUACCCAGCGCGAGCAUUUCAACCCGAGUACCACUGGGAACCGAAUACACCGAACCGAGUGAAUGCCUACUUCGAGGAGCUUGAGGAACAGGGUGACUCGAGCGCCGAGGUCCAGGGCGUCCUCUACGAUGCAACUGAGGCGCUCGAAGUGUCCCUCGAUGCCGGCGAGCCGCUCGCUUACAAGCCGCACAUGGAGGCGAUGACUGAUGCAUAAGUAGCGACGUGGACAGCGCCAUGGCUCGUCGACUUGACAAAGCUUCUCGCAAGGACUGCUCUGCGGCUCAAUGCAGGCUCUAAAGCAC